AUGUACGGUAACAUAUGGUACAACAAGCGCACCAUACCUCGCCAUGAGAUGUCUCAAGCAGUUAAGUGUAGAUGGGAACAGCAGUAUCCAAAGGCUUCAACCAUUGUGAAGUCAGACUUCUCUAUGGACGAUGUUCUGACCGGAGCGGCGGAUUUAGAGACUGCGAAGGAUCUUAAAGGGGAAAUUAUAGAACUGUUAGGAAGUUGCGGAAUGCAUCUUCACAAGUGGUGCGGCAAUCAUCCAGAGUUGAUUGAUACAUCAUCAGAUGCAGAUUGCUACGAUUUUGAUAAGCUGAGUGACACGAAAACUUUAGGACUGUUAUGGAAAUCACAGAAUGAUGUUUUUGCUUUUAAUUUAUCCUGCGAAGAUCAGCCUAAAGUUACGAAAAGAACUGUCUUAUCUAAAAUUGCGAGGAUAUUCGAUCCAUUGGGGUUGCUUGGCCCCAUAGUAACAAAAGCUAAAAUUAUUCUUCAGCGUUUAUGGAAGUUAAAAGUAGACUGGGAUGAAUCUCUACCUAAAAAAGAAACUGAAGAAUGGCUUCGGUUUAUUCAUGCUCUGAAGAAAAUUAGUAACGUUUGCGUCGACAGAUAUGUUCUGACUGAAACUCCAGUUGUCAAGACAAUUGUCGGCUUUACCGAUGCUUCAGAAAGUGCAUAUGGAGCGUGCGUGUAUAUGGUUUCGUCCAAUGCAAGAAACUCAUCCUGCUCCAAAUUACUCUGCAGCAAAAUCAGAGUUGCUCCAAUUAAAACCGUUACAGUUCCACGGCUGGAAUUGUGUGCAGCAGUGCUAUUAGCGAAGUUGAUGACAAAGUACAAUAGUGCUAGCGUGGCUUCAAAGAUCACCAUGUGA